CCCACGACAGCACCAAGCAGCGAAAGGAAACCACAUGUUGCAGUGCAGACAAGCAGCAGCAGCAGUUGCUCGUUCACAAAUGUUUUUCAUGAUUAAACAAAGGAUACAUUAGAUCACGUCUUUUGUUGACUAUUUUGAGUUUCAGACAAAUUCUCUCACGCUAACAACAAAUAGGGCCCCUCAACUGUCACGCUUGUUAUCAGAUGGAACUGCUGAAGGUGGCAAUUGUUCUCCAAGCUCUAAGUCUCUGUCAAGGCCUUCAGAUCAUCAUUUCCCCUUCACAAAAGAAUGUUUCACAGUCAGAAGGGACUGAUGAACCUGCUAUAAAUGAAAUUGAUGCCUUCACACCACAGCUAUCCGGCAACUGCUCUGGGACACUGGGGGUUUUUAACCACACGGAGUGGACUGCGGUACUGCUGACUCCUCAAUCUGUCAGGAAGGUGGCCGAUAAAAUAUGCAGACACCUUGGAUGCAGGAAAGCAUUUUCAGUCAGCCAUACUGCACUGCACAAUGCCACCUGCCUCACCAACUGCACCUACAGCGACUCCAAACUGAUGAACUGCACUGAGGUCUCUCAAAGCAGCUGCACCAAUGUGACCGAGAUCGUCUGCAAAUCCUCAUUGAACAAGACUGUUCGGUUGGUAGGAGGCUCCAACCGCUGCGAGGGACGGGUGGAGCUGUGGAAUGCUGGGAAGUGGGGGACGGUGUGCAAUGACAGCUGGGAUCUUGAGGACGCGAGCGUAGUCUGCAGACAGCUGAACUGCGGUUCUGCCUUCCGUGUGACGGGAGAGGGCGGAGGCUUUGGAGUGGGGAGCGGCCCCAUCUUCCUGGAUAAAGUCAACUGCACUGGAACGGAGAAGAACCUAUGGAACUGCUCUGCCCUGAGGAACUCAAGCUGCACACACAGGGAGGACGCGGGGGUUGUUUGUUCAGAGUCACCUGGAGCACAACACACAAGCACUGUUGCUGUGACCACUGGCGUCUGGUCUACCACCUUGAGGACCACAGUGCCCCCUUCCCAGGGCCCCAGACUUGCCCCUGCGGAGGUUGGCUGCAUCAUCCUGUCUGUCCUCCUGGUGAUGGCAUUGGCUGUGAAUGCUAUCUUCUGCUGGCGUUUCAGGAAGAGAGAGAGAGGCGUCUCCGGAGCUGUGGAGCAGAGCAAGCACAGCCUGCAUUCAUCCACAGGACAGCAGGAGAAUGACUACCGGAGUGCAGACGAUGCCCACAAGCUCCCCACUGACACCACAAGAAACGACGUCCUCCUGAACCCAAGAGCCCUGUGUGCCCAGCAAAGCCUUGGCAACUACUCCAUUGACUCGGACUACGAGCCCUACGACUUCAGCGUAGAGCCUUCCGUUGCCUUGGCCACCUUCAAGAAUUCUCUACGUAACAGAGGUGACGACAGGAGCCCCACACUGAAGCCUUCAUCCCUAUAUUGUCUUACUGAAGAAGGGACUGAUCACACCAGUGGUCCAGCUGACAAUGCAGGACUUCCUGGAUGCCACGAACAAGCAGGUGGACCCCCAACAUUAGGGGAAAACCACAUGAGCGGAGUCAAUGAUACAAAAAACCAUGCCAUCCCAACUGCGGACUCUUUUGAUUCCUUCCCGUCUUCUGAAGAGUGCUAUGAAAACACAAGAGAGGCAGAACUGCACACUCAAGGUGAUGCACUUCCUGUAGAGAUGGCAGAGAGAGGGGAAGCCUUUCAGCCACAGAGAGCAAAGUGUGGCCCUGAACUAGACGACUCGUUUGACUCCUCCAGCACGUCUUCUGGAGAAUGCUACGAGAACACAGGAGAGGAAGCUGAGCGGCACGUACAAGAGAUGACAGGGAAAGAACCCCUCAUCCAGCCACAGAACAAACACUAUAACCCUGGCCUCACCAACUUCCAACCAGACCGGCAUUCUCAGGUGGACUCAUUCGAUUCCUCCAGCACGUCUUCUGGAGAAUUCUACGAGAACAUAGAAAGAGAGGCUGAGCUGCACAUACAAGGUGAAGGAACUCCUACAGAGCUGGCAGAAAGAGAGGACCCCAUCCAGCCACAGACAGAAGACCAAGACCCUGGCUUCACCAGCUGCCAUUUCCAACCAAGUCCCCAAAAUGACGGGGACUCGUCCAGCACGUCAUCUGGAGAUGACGAUGAUGAUUACGACAUUCCUGAGGGACAAGCAGAGCCACUAUGCCCAGCUGUGAGGGAAGACUUUGACCAAUCGUCUUCAGACAGCGACUAUGAUGAUGUUGCAAACUAUAUACUGUGAAAUGCAAAAUGUUCAAAAGUAAGAUUGCUUAUAACAACCCAGUGAAGCUGUUUUAGUGUUAUUGUGUUGCCAGCUGUGAUAUAUGACUGUGUUAACCUUAAAAUAUCUAUUUUUAGGUUUUAGUGGAGGACUUUCCCGAUGUCAUGUCUUUCAGCAAAUGCAGUCUCAAGAUAUUCCGCCACAUGAACGAAAACAUGACAAAAGGAAUGCUUUAUUUAUUUGAUUUUACACAAUUUAUACACUGUAAAGAAACUGACACUGUAAAUACAUUUUGUACAGUUCAAACUAAUUUUGGUGCCCAUCCUGACAUGGUUAUUCACACAGCCAUCGGAUAUGAAUUCCGAUCAGACAUACAUCAAAGCAAUAUGCAAUACAAAUGUACAAAUAUUUUACAUAUUUCUGUCAGAAAAUACCAACCCAUUCUUUGAAGGGCAGGAAAUCAUUUCACCAUUUUCUGAAAAAUAAAUAUUUGUGAAAAAAAUGUAAUACAAAUAAUGAAUAAUGAAUAACAAAUCUCUUAUACCUUUCACACCACUGCAUUUUUAUCUGCGGUAAAGCUGCGUGUAUAGAACUGCCAUCCACCUCAUACAAAUGAUUGAUGCCAACAAGAACCCAGACAGCCAAAUACACUAAGGGAUAACUUGGCUACCAGACUGAGAAUGUGAUUUUUAAUGGCAGCACUGAUUCAAAAGGUCGGGAUUCAACUGUUUUCAACUUUGUCUUGCUAUUAAAAUUUUAUUAUCUUUUGCUUC